AUGGCGCUGGCCCUGCCUCCUACGUCAAUGAUGACGCAUGCGCAGUGUGCACCUCGGGCCCGUCGCCAGGCUUCCUUCACCAAGAUGGCGGGCGAGGCCAACGCUUCGCUGGAGGCGGACCUCCGCCGGGAGCUGAGCUGCUCCGUCUGCCUGGAGCUUUUCCGGGAGCCCGUGACCUUGGCCUGCGGCCACAGCUUCUGUCAGGGCUGCAUCACACACGUCUGGCGGAGCCGGGAGCGCCAGCAAAGGCUGGCCUCGGCUCCGGUCCGGACGAUGGCGGCGGCAGGAAGUGGAGGAGGAGGACCCGAGAUCUCCCCGAUCCUGGCGCCGGAAGUGCGCACCAGCUACAAGUGCCCCGAGUGCAGGCAGGUGUGCGCCAACAAACAUUUCACCAAGAACUUCCUGGCUGCCAAUCUGGUGGAGAAGCUGCAGGGGAUGAGAGUGACCACCAGCGCCCAGGGGGACCCAGCCCCCAGGAAGUGUGAGAGACACCAGAAAGCUCUGACUCUGUUCUGUGCGGCCGACCACAGGCUCCCCUGCAACUUGUGCUGCCUGUCCAAGGCUCACAGGAAUUGCGAUGUCUAUUUCGUCCAGGAGUUAACCGAAGAGUUCUCGGAACUACUGGACGUCAUUUCCCGGCCCAUUCCCGAGCUGGGGAAACAUAUUGUAAUGAACCCGCGCCCGCGUUGGGAUCUGUUCACGGGACCUCACCAGCUGAUUGCCUGGAAAAGGAUGCUCGAUAUCAUUAAUCCAGGCCUGGAGAACCUCUACUUUGACCCCAAGUCUGCCCACGUCAGCCUGCGCUUCAACCGAGACUACACGCUGGUGGAGUGGUCUCACUCAGAGACCCCUGACCUGGAAGCGGCGCCGGGCGACCCGGGGCGCUUUGACCUCUUCCCGGCCGUGCUGGCCAGUGCGGCCUUCUCCUCGGGCCGCCGCUACUGGGAGGUGGACGUCACCGAUGCCGUCUCCUGGCACCUGGGCGUCACCUGCGUGCACAGCCCGCGCCAGGGCUACGUCAAGCUCACCCCGGCGCACGGCUACUGGAGCAUCUGCCGGCUGCUGGACUACUGGGAGAACGGAGAGCAGCGGCGCCCCCUGUCAGUGGACACCGAGCUCGCCAAGGUGGGCGUCUACCUGGACUUCGAGGCGGGUCAGCUGUCCUUCUACGAUGCCAACUGCAUGGCGCUCCUGUGCACCUUCGACGUCACCUUCCGCAGCCCCGUGGUCCCCUUCUUCAGCCCCUGCAUGGGCGUGGACAGCACCCUCCGACUUUGCCACUACUGACAGAGCUAUAUCGACCCACCACCCCUUGCCCGCCCUCCAAGAACAUUCUCCACCCCCCCGCCCCCGCUACAUGAGUCAAUAAGUAAAAGU